AUGGAGAUCCUCGAAUCGGCCCUGUUGGGGGAGUUCAUCCGCUACAUCAAGUCUAACUGGUCGGCGCACUCGCGGGUGGACCAGCGCCGGCGCCGCCUCCGCCAGCUCGUCUCGAAGGUACGUGCCGUGGUGGAUGCCGCCGAGGGCGGCGCGGGGGCGGCCGUGCGGGACGAGUCGUUCUCGGCCUGGCUACAGGUGCUCCGAUCCGAGGCGCUGCGGGGGCAGGAGGUGCUCGACGACGCGGCCCGCGCCACGGCCGUCGCCAGCUCCGCCCGCCGCUUCCUCGCGGGCUUCAAGGCGCUCUUCGUCUGCAGCGCCGAGGUGGACCGCCUCGCGGAGGCCGUCGAGCAGCUCGAGCUCCUGGCGGGGCCCGGCGGCGACCUCGACAUGUUCGUCAGGGUCCUCAGCCUGGACGCCGCCCGGGCCGCCGCCACGGAAGAGGACAUGGACGUCGACGGGCGCCCGGCACCCGGUGCUCGCCACCGGCAGGAGGGGAGCGGUUGCAGCUGUGGAUGCGCGGGCACCGUUGCGGCCCUCCUCCCCUCGCCUGGCGCCAAAAGGAAGCGCGCGUGUGGCCGCGAUGGCGGCGGCGGCUCGGGCGUCGACGCCGGCUCGACGUCGCGCGGCGAGGUCGACGCGGUGCAGCCGCAGAAGCGGCGGCACCUGUCGUGGAUGCGCUCGCACCAGGGGCUCCCGUCCGGCUUCGGUAGGGUCUCCUCCGCACCUCGUGAGCCGCCGGCGGCGGCGGCGUUGCCUCGCUCGCGUCGCGCCCGGACGGUGGCAUUGGCGAUGUCUAGGAUUCGACGCCGCAUUGGAAAGCCGACGACGACGAGGCACCAGCGGGAGCCCAGCCUCGGACGGCAGUUCUCGCGGAUUACGUUGUAG